CCAUCCUUGAUCAAAACUCUCUCUUUACAUGAUGAACAACCUCAAAUUGAAUCCAUUAGAGAUCCCAGAACUUAUUUCGCUUGUCGGUGGCUACCUAAGUCGGAAUGACCUCUGUAGUUGUAUUCGUGUCUCCAAGCUUUUUCAUGACACACUUAUCAAAUAUGUGUGGAGAAGAAUCACUGUCGGAUGUCGUCGACAGUCCCAAUCUUGCUACCCUACUAAGAAAGCACUAAAGAGCCACAAGAAGUACAUUGAAGAACUUGUGUUUUAUUAUAGGUUCCCAGAUAGAUUCAUGUCAUUGCAAGGUUGUGACCGCCUUCGAUCCAUCGAAUAUUCAUAUGAAAGUUUAUCCAGUCAAAGUCAGAUUCUCAAUUUGAUCAAAUCCCAUAGUUCCACAAUCGUCAAGCUCAAAGUUGACUGUUCAAGUUUGCGAGAGAUAUGGAGGACGCUCCUAGGAUGUGCCCACCUUGAGGACCUGGCUAUUUCCACUACCUAUAUAAGCGGUGAUGAGGUUGAUUUAUUCUUUCAAGUCUUCAAGAAACUUAAACGCUUGGAUAUGGAGCGCGUAUACAUCAAUCACCUACCUUCCGACUUCCUGAAUAAUGAUACAGAAAAAUUCAUUUUUCCAAAUGCGAACACGCUACGCCUUAUUGACGUCGUGAUUUUUAGCCGACCACAUCCACAUACAUCUUCAUCUUGCCUCGGCAUGUUGACUAGGGGACUUCCAGCAUUACAUUCAUAUGAUUCCGAAUGGGAUGCCCAAACUGUACAUGAUUUCUGCAAGACAGUGUUCCUUCAGCGCCCUUACACAGCAUCAAGCAUAUCAGAUCUAUGCCUCCGCGUGAAAAUAAAAGACGAGGAUAUGGCAGCGAUCCUCAGGCAGAUAACCGUACUAAGACGGCUAGACAUCCCCUUCUGUGAUUUUGGUCCGCUCUCCAUUCGUGAACUACUAGCAGAUGAGCAGGAGAUUACGGAGGAUGGGCACAUAGUACGAAAAAAAAGAGGACAAAGGCUCUGUGACAGUGUUGAAAUACUAGAACUUAGGCAUAGUGAAAAGAUUGACGGCGUUGUUCAAACGAUCUUAUCCAAUUGUCCACGUCUGAAGCGACUGAGGGGUUAUAGUGUCGCGGUGACAGAGAUUGCCGACGGUGCAGAAUGGGUUUGCACUGGACUGACUGACAUGAAGGUCAGACUUGUGGUUGAUGUUGAUCAAAAGACGGCAAAAGGCAUAGAUAGCGAGGGAUUGUGUAUAAACGCAUGUGCAAGCUGACUCGAUUAGAUCGCUCUGAUAUUAUGCGAUAUAAUGCCAUACUGUCUUCUGCACCGGGCGAAGGCAGAUGGUGCUCAUAUUUGAUAGCCGACAGCGGAUAGGCAGAUAGAAGAGGGUGGGGCACAAGAACUAAAACAUUGGGGCUUUAAGGGAUUGGA